UAUGUAAUGGUUGAUAUUUUUUAGAAGAAAAAAAAAUCAACUGUGACAUUUUCUUGAAAAUGGUACGCCUGAAUUAGAAGUGAAGAUGUAUAAAGCUUUGGACAGGGUUAACUAUGCCAGUCUGGAUCUCUGUAAACAUUUACGACAAACCAAGAAAAAGACUGGAGUGCCAUCUCUUUUGAAAUUGUGUUGUCGCAAGAUCAACAUUUGCCAUGUGGAUCUCAUCAAAGAGGCAUUAUCAUGUAUUCCAAACCACUUAGUCCCACUGUUGCUGGAAAUAGCCAUUGAUGUUGUAGCUCCAAAUGCUAUAAUUACACUCAUUUCCAACUGGCCACUGCCAGUUUUAUGUUUUGGGGAUGUUGUGCAUCCAGAUAACAAAGACAUCUUUACAGAGGAAAUGGGUCUUGAUCUCAUGGUAUUCAAAGGAAUUAUAGAGAGAACCAAGGCCUGCAAAAUAAGAGUCUUAGACUUAAGAGGUUUCAAGCUAAAUGCCACAUUCAGCAAGUUAAUAGUGCAGAUGUGGCCAAUAUUAUCACUGAAGAAACAUCAGCUGAAACCAAAAAAGCUUGCAAAGAUAAUCGCCAAGGCAGCAGAUGUUGAAUUCAGCCGGUACAUGGAAGAGGUACUCCCUCGAAUGUUAGAUGACAUCUUAUCUCAUGAAAUGGUGCAAGAUACACAUUUACUGAUACAUAUCCCAAGAGGAGAGAAGAUGAUUGUGAAAAUAGACAACAUACAGUUCACUGCAAGCAACACAUUCUUUAUGGACUACUUAAUCUGUAACUGUCUAAGAUCUGUAACUCCUGUCGUCAUCACAGUCUCCAACAUCUUCAUCAAGUCCGACCUAACAGUAGGAGAUGAGGUGAUGGACUCACUUGCUCCAUUUAUUGUUCUGAAGGGCCAUGACACUAAUACACUUGAAGGACUUUCACUCAGACAGUUGGAAGAAGGUAUAUUCUUCAUGGUCUCACCAAAUCUGAAGAAAUUCACAAAACUGCGUUCACUUGACCUCCAGGACUGUAAUAUAUACUUACAAGAGGGCAAAACAAGGAGUAGGACUAUUGGAAGGGCCAUUAUGAUCAGGACUUUGUCCAGUUUUGAGAAUCUAGUCCGCUUAGAUCUGAGUUUCAAUUAUCUGCUGGGAUGUUUGGGAGAAAUUUUGGACUCAUUAAGGCUUCCCCUAGAAUUUCUAAGUCUUCGGAACUGUGAUUUGAAUGAUCAUGACUUAGAGUGUUUGGGCAAUUCAAAACAUGCACUUUCAUUGCAGGAAUUGAACCUGAGCAAAAUUUGUCAAUUUUCGAUUUACGAUAAUGACAGAAUUUCAUCCAUAAACUUGUUUAAGGUUGUGUUUUGUUUCAAGAAUGUAAAGCUGCUCAACUUGGCCCAGAAUCACUUUCAAGAUGCCUCAAUUCCAAAUUUCUGUGAAAAACUCCCUCAGAAUUUGGAGAAACUUCAGUACUUAGACAUUGCUGGAAAUGUGCUUACAGAGGAAAGCAUACUGCAAAUAUGCAAAGCUCUCGCUAAAUUGAAGCACUUUCAGUGGUUUAGACUUACGUGUUCAACCAAUCUACUAGACGAAGCUCUGGGACAUUUAAACCAAGCGCACGAAAAUGCUUUGCAAGCAAAACUUCGAAUUUGUAACCUGUUGUCUGCUUUGGGAAGGAAAGAUAUCCACAUCGAAAUAGUGAGAUUGUCCUAUGCAAUAUUUGUUGAUCUCAUGGAUGUAAUGGAAGUAUAAGAAUUACCUGUGCUAUAGCGCAUAAUUCCAUUUGAUGCAUACGUAGAUGUAUAUGAUGUAUUUGACAUUGAGAAAAGGGUAACUUGUUCUCUUUCCAUUGUGUAUAUAAGGAUGGCAGUAUUCAUUGUUUUUUCCCCCUCAUUCCUGCUGGAUCAUAAAUAUGAUAGGAAAACCAUUUGGUAUUGUUUUAUUUUGUAUUUUGCAUUAUUUGUAUUCUUUUUACAGAAUAAACAGUAUCACAAUA